AUCAGAUGGGUGCAGAUUCGCAAUUUUUUUUCAAAAUUUCUGUUUAAACCAAAUUUUUGUAAAACUGUUUUAAUUUACAAGGCCCUUUUUAUUUAUUUUUAUUACCGCAAUAUCCAAAUUAUAAGUAUUUAUCAUGAGGGAGUGCAUCUCGGUGCACGUGGGGCAAGCAGGCGUGCAGAUGGGCGUGGCGUGCUGGCAGCUGUACUGCCUGGAGCACGGCAUCAGGCCCGACGGCACGCUGCCCGCUCUCGACACUGACCCCACAUCGUCGGACUCCUGCUUCAACACGUUCUUCUCUGAAGCGGAUAGAGGGAAGAUGGUACCCAGGGUCGUCAUGAUCGACCUAGAGCCUACAGUUAUCGAUGAAGUCCGCUCUGGCGACUACCGGCAGCUCUACCACCCGGAGCAGCUGAUCACGGGCAAGGAGGACGCAGCCAACAACUACGCGCGAGGACACUACUCCACCGGGAAGGAAGUGCUGGGGCCGGUCAUGGAAAGGGUCAGGAAGUUGGCUGACCAGUGUACUGGACUACAAGGAUUCUUCGUGUUUCACUCGUUCGGCGGCGGCACCGGUUCUGGCUUCACGUCGCUGCUGAUGGAGAAACUGUCGGACGAGUUUGGCAAGAAGAGCAAAUUGGAGUUUGCCAUCUAUCCUGCGCCGCAAGUCUCCACAGCAGUAGUGGAGCCGUACAACGCGGUGCUGACCACGCACGCCACCAUCGGCCACUCGGACUGCGCCUUCAUGGUGGACAACGAGGCCAUCUACGACAUCUGCCGGCGGCGCCUGUCCAUCGAGCGGCCCUCGUACGCCAACCUGAACAGGCUCAUAUCACAAGUGGUGUCGUCGAUCACGGCGUCGCUGCGGUUCGAUGGCGCGCUGAACGUGGACCUGACGGAGUUCCAGACCAACCUCGUGCCCUACCCGCGGAUACACUUCCCGCUGGCGGCCUACGCGCCCGUCGUCUCGGCUGACAAGGCGUACCACGAGGGCAUGUCUGUGUCUGAGAUCACGGCGGAGUUGUUCGAGCCUCAGAACCAGAUGGUGAAGUGCGACCCGCGCGACGGCAAGUACAUGGCGUGCUGCCUGCUGUACCGCGGCGACGUCGUGCCCAAGGACGUCAACGCUGCCAUCGCCGCUAUGAAGGGACGCUCUGGCAUCCGCUUCGUGGACUGGUGUCCUACGGGAUUCAAGGUGGGCAUCAACUACCAGCCGCCGUCGGUGGUGGCGGGCGGCGACCUGGCGCAGGUGAAGCGCGCCGCCUCCAUGCUCAGCAACACCACCGCCAUCGCCGAGGCGUGGGGCAAGCUCGACCACAAGUUCGACCUCAUGUACUCCAAGCGGGCCUUUGUGCACUGGUAUGUGGGCGAGGGGAUGGAAGAAGGCGAGUUUACAGAGGCGCGGGAAGACCUUGCAGCCCUGGAGAGAGACUACGACGAAGUGGCCAUAGAGACGUCGGAGAUGCCCCAGGGCUGCGACGAUGAGCUGUGAUGUGCUUUCACAACUACCCGCCGUUUGAGAGACAUCGCAUCAUGUGCUUACAUUGUCAUUUCAUCAUCGCUCUCUUUUGUAGGUAUCUUUCGUCGCUAGUCUUUCGUCGCUGUCUUUCGUCGAUAGUAUUUCGUCGAUAGUCUUUCGUCGCUAGUCUUUAGAAAUUUUCGACGAUAUUGUUUUGGAACUUGUUUCAUAUUCGUCAUCACUAAUCCAGUGUACAAGACUGGUAACGAUUACUAUACAACCUCGGUGGCCUGCGCAAAACUUUUGGCAAAGCAAUGGCAAAUAAUCAGAUAAAAGACCUGAUACAGUAUAUAUACCAAUGUUAUGCUAAUUAUUAAAUAACUUAACUAGUUCGAAAAAUGGCACAAGGUAAACAUACAUAAGAAGUAAACAACUUGUACUACUUCCUAUUAGAUUGAUUUCAAAAAACAGUUAUUUGUUUUCGAAGACUAAAAUUAAGUUUUGUAUGAAUUUAAGGAAACCCUCAAAACCAAUUCACCUCGGUUUUCAAAAAAUAAUUUCAUACAAUGUCAAUGUGUAUUUGUGUUCCCUUGACUUCAUUUGUGUUAACUCAAUGUUAACCUACAAUUUUUUAUUACUACUGAUACAAAAUAAUACGUACUUAAAUAAAUAUCCGUUUAUAUCACGUAUUUUUAUGCAAUUCACCGAUGUUAAUUUAUGAUUACCUGAUAUCAGCAAAAUCAGAACUGGCCGGCCUUUGGGUAAAGGUAAAAUGUUAUCUUCGCCCUUUAUCUAAAUAACCGCAGUAGAAACAUAUUUAAAGUCAGCAGAUUCUAUACAUGUAAUCCUAAUGUCAUAGUAAAGUUUAAUACUUUUGAGCUAGAAGAGACUUCAUCCACCAAGCCUCAAUUACUACGGUGGUAGUAACUUGCCAUUAGCGUUGUGUGCAGUCCAUUGAAGGUUUAUGCCAGGAGUGUCUAGCAGUAGUCGUUGCCAGACUCGCAAUGGUGUUUGAGCGGCUGUGGAGCGUCGCGGCCGAAGUGGACGCACCAAAACCGCGGCCGCAUGUUUAUAAUGUUAAUUAUUGCAGAUUUGCGAAAAUUGUUAAAGGUUCGAAAAUGUCCGCAGAGGUCGGACGAUGCUCGACUUGCCAACUUUAGGUCCCAACACUUAGGGUGCGCUUAAAAUAAGUGAAGAUACCUCAUACAUCAUCAUUACUAUGGUAGGUACCUUGUCCAGUUAUAGGGUUAUUAUGUAAUUCGGUGUAACAUUCAAACAAUCACUCACUACAUCGUUUUUCAUCGUACCUAUUUUGGGUUUUGCAAUCAUCUAGCAUUGUGUUGAAAUGACAUAAUUAUCGUCUUUUGACUUAAAGUAAAAUUAGUAUAGUCGUGGUAAUAGCCGAUAGUAAUAUUAUUUUAAUGAAAAACUAGUAGGUAUUUUCGUAAUUCUAUUGAAGUAAUCAUGUUAGAUGAUCGUAGAAACUAAAAAUCAUUUGUAACAAACGAUUUGAUGUGAAAUGGUCCAGUUAAGGUUAUUUCGUUGAAAUAACUAUUUUAUAUGAUCACUAAAACGAAAAACGAUGCAGUGACUCAUUAAUUGAAUGGUACACCGAAAUACAUAAUAGACCCGUGACACUUUUUUGUCGUCAGUACCAAGAUGUGCCAAUGCUAUCUUGGGUUCCCAAAGUCCAUCGGUUCUCUAUUUAACCCAAUGUGAUGGUGUUGAAUUGUUAUCUUUCAAUUAUUUUAUUCUAUUAAAACGUAUUUGUAUCGCGCGAAACUCCCACAGCUCCUAUUGACGAAUACUCUACACCACUGUUAUUAUUCAAACAGUAGGUUUCCAGUAGAUAACAAAACGUAAGCUUAUAAAACGAAUUAUAUUUUUAGUAAUUUUUUAGUCUUGAUGUAUGUUCAACAUAACUUUCUUCUCUCGUAUCUCGUAUGAGAUACAAGAUUGAUUGAAAGUAUUCGAAUUCUUUGCUGCAUUCUUUCUUUUUCGCAUAUACAAACAAAUCAUAAAGUUCAUGUAUCGAUAGUUCGUUCGCACGAUUACGUUUUAUUAUUAAUAGAACAAAACCACCGGGAAGUGUCUCCCUCCCUCUAUUGUAUACAUUUUGUAGCAUUUUUGCGGUGUAUAGCGUACGGCGGUAAUAUUGUAAGUGUAAUUGUUUUGUCCGCGUCAAUAAAAAAGUUAUUCGUCUUAAACAGUGUUUAAUCGUCUUGUUUAAUAAACAUUUACAGAUUUUUCAAGUUGUUUUAUUACAGCAUGUUGAGUAUCACAUGAUUAGGGCACUAAGUAUAGGUAUAAAAACUGUUUUAUCUUCGGGAUUCUUCUCCGGAGUUGACAAGUUGGUUUAUUUCCCG